UCACACUCCAUAUAGUUUGUAGUGAAAAACCCCAAAUCAAAUCCCUAGAUCCCAAUUCAACACGAAAUUUUCAUCUUCCGGAGCAAGCCAAACAGAAGUUGAUUACGCCAAUUCUGUGUAGAAACGCUUAAAUUCAUCAGAAGAGUGCAAUUUGGUGUAAUUCUGAUUAAUGGAGGCCGAACUCAAAGGUUUGCUGAGUGAUCUUCAGAGUCUCAAGGAUUCUUUGCCUGAUCCAUCCCAUCAAAUUUCGGUUGGUAAGAUACAAGCACGUCUUGAGCAUCUUAAAUUGGGAAAUGCACAGCGUUCCAAAAUUAAGGAUAUGAGUGCCGAGGUGGUUGAUAGCAACCCUUACAGUAGACUUAUGGCACUUCAAAGGAUGGGCAUUGUGGACAACUAUGAAAGAAUUCGGGAAUUUUCAGUUGCCAUAGUUGGUAUAGGUGGCGUUGGCAGUGUUGCAGCUGAAAUGCUAACAAGGUGUGGCAUCGGUCGCCUUUUGUUGUACGACUAUGAUAAAGUGGAGUUAGCUAACAUGAAUAGGCUUUUUUUCCGUCCAGAGCAGGUUGGCAUGACCAAGACAGAUGCUGCUGUCCAAACUCUCUCAGACAUAAACCCUGAUGUUGUGCUAGAGAGCUAUACAUUGAACAUCACAACAGUACAAGGCUUUGAGAUCUUUAUGUCAAGUCUUAAGAAUAAAUCAUUCCGUCCAGAUAAAGAAGGCACAGGAGUUGAUCUUGUUUUAAGCUGUGUAGAUAAUUACGAAGCAAGGAUGGUAGUAAAUCAGGGUUGCAAUGAGUUGAACCAAACGUGGAUGGAGUCUGGUGUAUCUGAGAAUGCUGUUUCUGGUCAUAUACAGUUGUUGGUUCCUGGUGAAACUGCUUGUUUUGCAUGUGCGCCUCCCUUGGUCGUAGCAUCAGGGGUUGAUGAACGUACUCUAAAGCGUGAAGGGGUUUGUGCUGCGUCUUUGCCAACUACCAUGGGUGUUGUUGCGGGGCUUCUUGUUCAAAACACUCUUAAAUAUUUGCUGAAGUUUGGAAAUGUCACACCCUAUUUGGGUUACAAUGCCCUCAAAGACUACUUUCCGACAAUGGAAAUGAAGCCAAACCCUCAAUGUUCUAAUGCUGCUUGUUUGGAGAGACAGAAAGAAUACAUUCUUGCAAAGCCAGCCAGGGAUGCUGCUGCUAGAGCCAAGAUGGAAGCUGAAGCAUUCGUAGAACCUGAGUGCCUCCAUGCAGAUAACGAGUGGAAUAUAAGUGUUGUUGAUGAUAGUGAUGUACAAGACUCAAGUGCCAGUUCAGGAGCUCUGCCGGAGGGCCUCGUUCAUGAGCUUCCUAGUGCAGAUGAAUUUCAGAAGCCACCCGCUUCGGCAGAAACCACGGCCACCCCCAUUGAUGAUCUUGAAGAUCUCAGAAAGCAGCUCGAGGCCCUUAAUGCCGCCUAGGUUGCAACUGAUAAAAUAAAAUUAACUUUCGAGGACCAUGAUAUUGAUUGAUGAUCAGUUGUCGAAUACUCUGAGUUUAAAUUUGAGCUCUCUUUGUUGCCUUUUUCUUCAUAGUCUAAACACAGUUUUGCCUAGACACACACCCUUUGGGCCAGAAUGGGAUCCCUGUUUGAGGUGAACAUACAGUGUACUUCAUGUACUUUAUAUGAUAUCAGAUAAUUUAAUUUCGAGAAUUACAAAUUACA